AACAGUUAGACCUUGCUGUGCCGUCAUGAAAUCAACAGUUGGGCAGUUGUAGUCCGUGAAUCAGCACCGCAAAUAACCCGUGAACGUGAAUUCAUAUUUACAUUUAAGAGUUAAAAGUGCAUCUACAUCAUGAAUCGGCCUGCAGUUGUUACCCAAAUGGUCGACGCAAUCAAAGAGGAAUUUGAAACACUCGGACCCACUGAUAACGAUAAAUUCUUUGGCCAAUACGUCGCCCUACUUCAUGCCAAUCAUUCACUAUUUAUGAGCGAGACUGGGCUAAGUCAAUCAUACGACAUCGGAGAGGAAUGUUUCUUACUCAACAUUUUGGCGACGGAACAGCUGGAACGAAAAGUGUCCGUCUGUCGCCAAUUACUCGCUGUGGCCAAUAUUAUUGAGCCAGGUCUAACUCGAAUCAGAGGAGUAACAUUGUACGAAAUGCACGCCUCGAUGUUGCUGCUAGCAGAACGGACUUUCAAGGCCGGCCAUUGCACAUUUACUAAUUUCAAAAAAAGGGUUGAAGCAGUUCGGACCAUUUUGACUGAAGCAACAGAAAUCUUUGCCCAGGUGGAAAAUCAUACUGUGACGGAGGAAGCCAUGAGUGUGGCAGCAGAUCAAGCUCUAGUGCAAAUUCAGGGCUGGAUUGCCUACGUAUUUGAUAACACCUGAAUGCCAGGUGUCAUGGCUGUUGAGCAUGCUGUACUUCAAAAUGAGCUUAUAAUGAGAUUGCCUUAUGUUUUGUAUGUCAAAUAUACUUGGCAUUUGAUUUUAA